CUACGAUAUUCACAUAAGACGUGUUUGACGCUAUCAACACAAGAACGUUUAGCAUAUCUAUACUUUUUUGCAAUAUAAUCAAUCAAGGUUACAGCGUAGUAACCGACUAACUGUAGUAAUAUAAGAACGCCAAAACCGUGGCAGAUAUUGGGAAGUAUUUAGCAUUUACAAAAUACCUACAGUUUGUAUUUAGUUUCCGUUACAAAAUGUUUCACUUACGGCGCAUACCAAGGAGUUUUCUGGCUUCAAGGUGGAAUUCUUCACAACCGAAUCCUUUAGUUGCAGUAGACGUGGAUAAUGAAGGAAUAGCAACACUGCAGAUGCAAAGACUACCAGUCAACAGUUUAAAUCUGGAGUUAUUCCAGGCGAUAAAAGAUUCAGUGAUUGAAGUUGAGAAAAAUAAAUGUAAAGGCUUGAUUUUGACAUCGGCAAGUCCAACGACAUUUUCAGCGGGAAUUGACUUAAAUGAAUUACAUAAAGCAGAUGUAAAACGUUUGAGUAAAAUGAAGGAGACCCUUUUUGAUUCCUUCGCAAAAGUGUUUAGCUCAGACCUUAUAACCACUGUUGCGAUCAAUGGUUACACAGCAGCCGGGGCUUUUAUCCUGGCUCUGGCAUUUGAAUACCGAGUAAUGACUACUGGCAAGGCUGUGAUGGGUUUGAACGAUACAGCUGUUGGCAUUCCACCAGCUCCGUGGUUGGGCGAGCUUCUGACCAGAGUAAUGGGACCGAGGCACGCGGAGUUUGCACUCACUAGCUCCUAUAUGUACUCAGCUGAGAAAGCUUUACAGGUGGGCCUUGUAGAUGAAGUCGCGGCAGACAAAGCAGACGCAAUAGAAAAAUGCAAGGCUUACAUACGAUUAUACGAUCAAAUACCAGUAACUGCCCGAAUUAAAACCAAACGCUCCUUUAGACAAGAUUUCCUAACGAAAAUAGAGCAAAAUAAAAAACAAUACACGGCUAACUUUGUAAACGUUAUAACAAGCGCCGAAGUCCAGCAGUUAUUAGAUACAUUUAUGGAUAAUUUAAAGAAGAAAAAGACAGCCAAAGCGAAUAAGGCUGGAUAAGUUCAGUUCAGUUUUAAGCUCAAAAUG